AUGCGAUUAGCAGCUGACAGAGCAAGACGAGCUACAUCACGGGCGUCUCAAAGUUCUUCUCAACGAGAGCUAAGGCUUACCAUUGACCGAGAACAACAUGUUUUAUCCAGAGAAGCUGAAACUGCUUCACAACUAGAAUUGCGGCUCACAGCUGACCGCGAACGGCAUACAUUAUCUCGCGAGUCCGAAACCUACACUGAGAGGGAAUUAAGUCUCACAGCUGACUGCGAACGGCAUACAUUAUCUCGCAGGUCCGAAACCUACACUGAGAGGGAAUUACGUCUCACAACUGACUGCGAACGGCAUACAUUAUCUCGCGUGUCCGAAACCUACACUGAGAGGGAAUUACGUCUCACAGCUGACUGCGAACGGCAUACAUUAUCUUGCGGGUCCGAAACCUACACUGAGAGGGAAUUACGUCUCACAACUGACUGCAAACGGCAUACAUUAUCUCGCGGGUCCGAAACCUACACUGAGAGGGACUUACGUCUCGCAGCUGAUCGCGAACAGCAUGUACUAUCCCGUGAGUCCGAAACCUACACUGAGAGGGAAUUACGUCUCACAAGUGACCGCGAACGGUAUACAUUAUCUCGCGAGUCCGAAACCUACACUGAGAGGGAAUUACGUCUCACAGCUGAUAGCGAACGUCAUAUUUUAACUCGAGAAUCUGAAACUUUUACUCAUUAUGAAGACCGUUUGACAAGUGAUAGGGUGCACCAUAAUAUUAUUCGAUCUCUUGAAGAGGAACAUGAGCAUGAACAACGACUAGAGUCGGGACGCGAAUAUUACAAUUCUUUGAGACAAGAAUGA